AUGAAGGAUACCGAAAAAGGCACCGGUCAACAUGUUGAGAUGGUACACGAUGAACUUUCUGAGUCACCAAGGGUUGACGGCAAAGAAAUUAAAGUAAUGGGAACGGUCAAGUUGACAGAGGGUUCAAUUAUCUAUAUCCCAACUCCAACAGCCGACCCGCAAGACCCUCUGAAUAUGCCCCUCUGGCAGAAGAUGGUCGUGUUGUUCGUUAUAUCGACCUUCUCAACUGUUGGCAUGUCUCUUGUCUCCGGAUUUGGAGGAUUGUUGACUUUCUAUAUACCUGAAUACGCGGCAGUGGGCAAAGAUUAUGCAGAUAUAUCGGCUUUGAUGACAUACCCAACCUUAUUCAUGGGCAUCGGCAAUCUUAUCGGAAUGCCUCUAGCUAUUGCCGUUGGUCGUCGAAGCGUCCUCCUUCUAUUUACCCUAAUCCUCAUACUUGGUGCUGUUCUCUGUGCUGUGGCAAAAACAUACGAGUGGCACUUGGCAGCUCGUAUGGUGCUUGGGUUGAGUGCGGGACAAAGUGAAGCCUUGGUUCCCAUGAUCACACAGGAAAUCUUUUUUCUCCACGAAAGGGGCAAAUUUCUCAUGCUCCAACAAGCGAUCCAGGUGCUAUUGACAACCAUCUGGGUUCUUUUCGCUAGCCCCAUUUCAGGCGCUAUAACACCGCAAGGCUGGUAUUACCUUGGUGCUGGAAUGGCUGCUCUCCAAUUUGUUGUGGCUCUACUUUGGCUACCGGAGACUAAAUACGAUCGCAAUCUUUCUGCAUACCAGGAAGAUGUCUCAAGUGAUGAUUCCACAGAAGCAGUUGACCUUGAGGCCGAUAUCCCCGAUAAGGCCAAAGUCACACUCUGCAAAGAAAAGCCGCCUCUUGAUUUUGUCAACUAUGCGCCACGAACAUGGAGGUCGGAUAUGCGUCUUUGGGUUGGCAAGCCCGAAUGGUACAAAGCCGUCGAGGUUCUCAAGCAAACCUUCGAGCUUCUUUUCUUCCCCAACGUCCUUUGGGCAUUAUGUCUCAAUGGACUCACUAUCGGCGUCAAUAUUGCUAUUGGAACGACAUACGGCACAAUUCUUACUGGAGCCCCGUACAACUGGCCCGACUCAAGCACUAGCUACGUGAACUGCGGACAAAUUGUUGUCGCCAUUGCUGCACUUCCGCUUCUAGGAACCGGUUCCGAUAAAUUAAUACGUUGGCGUGCUCGCCGUAAUGGUGGCGUGCACGAACCUGAGACACGACUCUGGCCUCUAAUAUUCCCCGUGAUUGUUGGAACCUUUACGUCUGUUCUUUAUGGGCAAGGUGCAGCCUUUCCAGAGGAGUAUCACUGGUUUGUAUAUGCGUAUGUUGUCGCGGCCUACUACUUUUGCUUUGUGGGUGCCAAUAUCGUGGCUAUCACGUACCUGCUGGACAGUUACCCGGCCCGCACAGGUCCAUUGCUCGUGAUUAUCUGUGCUUUCCGAGGGUUUAUUUCCUUUGGUACGAGCUAUGGUACAUCGGCAUUUGUGGCAAGCCAUGGGUAUGAUGGUGCCUUUGGUAUAUUCGGGGGGUUAACGGGCGCUCUCGGCCUCUUGGGUGUGCCGGUUUAUAUCUGGGGCAAGCAGAUUCGGCAAUACACGGGACGAUUUGCCAAGAGCAAGACAGAUUAA